GUUUCUUCCCGUUUAUUGUUUUUGUUUCCUGUUUUUACUGAUGUUUUUAUGAUAUUUCCAUAGUUUAUUUUGUAUAUUUGUUGUUAAACUUAGAUAAAAUAUGAUAUCAUAAUUAGCAGAGUGUGUGGACUAAUAAUUAUGUCAUUGUGUGAUUAAGGUUUGGUCAAUUGCCAUAAUUUGUGAUUGUAAAGAGAAGCAAAAUGGCGGCCAAUGAAGUGGAAGUGGAUGGUGGAGGGGGAAGUGAUACAGGGUGGUUGGUGGAUAUGUUGGCUGAAACUCAGCUGGAACAGUUCUAUGCCAGGCUAAGGGAUGAUCUACAGGUGACGCGGCUAUCACACUUUGACUAUGUGCAAGCGGAUGACCUGGAGCGUAUAGGCAUGGGCCGCCCUGGAGCAAGGCGGUUGCUGGACGCUGUCAAGAAGAAGAAAGCCCAACAGUGGAAGAAGAGCCUCAUCACUAGACUAAAUCCGCUAAACGCCAGUAAACAAUUGAACGGAACGGGAACGAUGGGUAAAAAAACGGGGCAACAGUUGCAGAGUUCCUCCUCGUCUUCUGACGUCAUAGGGCUCAGUCUCACCUGUCUCAUACAGGAGAAGGAUGUCAGUUUGUCGAAUAAGCUGGGUGACGGUCUGUUUGGCGUGGUGAGGCGUGGAGAGUGGACCACUCCCAGUGGCCGAACGGUGGCCUGCGCAGUCAAAGUCCUGAAGGCGGACGCGUUGAGUCAGCCGUCAGUUUUCGCCGAUUUUGCAAAAGAAGUGCAAUCCAUGCAUCAGCUCGACCAUCCCAACCUCAUCAGACUGUACGGUGUGGUGCUGACCCAGCCUCUGAUGAUGGUGACAGAACUCGCUCCGCUCGGUUCGCUGCUCGACUACCUACGCAAGCAGUUUGGGAGUGUGCUGGUGACUGUGUUAUGGGACUAUGCACUGCAGGUGGCGACUGGCAUGGCUUAUCUCCAACAGAAGCGAUUCGUUCAUCGCGACCUCGCUUGUCGUAAUGUCCUAUUAACCGCACAGGACAAGGUGAAAAUCGGUGAUUUUGGUUUGAUGCGAGCCGUACCACAAGAGGAGAACUGCUAUGUGAUGACAGAGCACAGUAAGGUGCCCUUCCCUUGGUGUGCGCCCGAGUCACUGAAAGCCAAGCAGUUCAGUCAUGCCUCCGAUGUCUGGAUGUUCGGCGUGACAGUGUGGGAGAUGCUUCAGUUCGGCCAGGACCCUUGGAUGGGUUUGAACGGCACCCAAAUAUUGCGAAAAAUAGACAGAGAAGGAGAGAGACUGCCCAGACCUGACACGUGUCCCCCUCGGCUCUACGACAUGCUACUCCAGUGUUGGAGCAAAAACCCAGCCGACCGGCCCACAUUCGACGCGCUAAGAGAGUUCUUCCUCCGUCACCCGCCGCCCGUGAUGCAGGCCUGUAAGGAGGUGGUGGAGCCGGGGGGCGGCAGCGGUCACCCAUCCAGUGGCAGUCGACUGGAUGUCAACGUGGGUGAUAGCCUGGUGGUGAUAGAUGGAAGUCCCGAGCUGUACUGGUGGGUCGGGCAGAGUUGUCGCACCUAUGAAAUUGGACAGUUCCCAAGAUGUAUGGUGGACCCUUUGCGCCCAAAAGCGGCCGAAGACAUUUCGCGCCCACUGAGCAACUCGUUCAUCCACACCGGCCACGGAGACCCGUACGGCAAGUCGUGGGGGAGUCCGGCCGCCAUAGACGAGGUCUACCUCAACAACCCUAUGUGUCCGCCCGAUCUCAUGACGUCAUCGGUGCAGGUGAAACCGUCAACACUGCCGUCAGAACAACAGUGGAACAGUGCUGCUACGACAGAGAGACAUUUACCUGCCAAGAAAACAGGUAACUACAUACUGCAUCGACACAGCACCGGACGACAGUUCGACUACAAAAAACUGUGCAACGAAAGUGCUGCUGCAACAAGCGCCCAACAAAAGCGCAACAAACGCUCGCAACAAAAUGUCGCACGGCAACAAGUUGCAUCGGCUGAAAAGUGUCGUGUGUUGAGGCCGGCUCCUGGUAGGCCGCAUUCUGUGGUGGGGCUGCCAAGUGCGGCAAAUUCGUCGAAUCUGUCUCAAAGUUUGACAACCGACCUGUUGAUUGACUUGUCGCCGCCCAGUGAGAGUGGCGCGAAUGUUGGUCACAGUGGUGGGGCGAGUGAAGCGAGUCCGCAGCCGUCUGUUUCCAUACUGGACGAGCCGAUUGAUGUGCCUACUUUGGGAGAGGAAGCGUCUAAUAUCACGUGGGACAGUCAGUAUAGCAAUGAGGAUGACUCGUCUUCAGGCUACGCCACUUCCGGCUCGUGUACUGCUUUUAGCGCGGCCGCUUCGUGUACUGCGUUUAGCGCGGCCACUCCACGUAGUUACACCAAUUGUCCGCCAGACGGCAGCACUGUGACGUCAGCCGGACUCUUAACAGACGAUGAUCCCUUUGACACGUCGCGGGUGUUUCAGAAUAAUAGCGUUGAAAGGAGAUACUACUCACAAGUAACCAGUGGCGGAGAUAUGCUGGACCCUUCACCAGUAGCUAAAGCUCUGGAUGCUAAAUUCUUAGCAGAGUUGGAGAAGGAUUUGGGAAAAGCUGAGGCAACAGCUAACACCGAUCGUACGGUCAUCCGUACGGAUAGUACGGUCAAUUACGGAAACAUUCGUACGGAUAGUACAGUCAAUAAUUACGGAAACAUUCGUACGGAUAAUACGGUCAAUUACGGAGCCAACAAUCGUACGGUCGACUAUGGAGCGGCCAUGGCAAACAACAGUCGUACGGAUAACUACGGCAACAUUCGUACGGAUGCUACGGUCAGUUACGGAAACAUUCGUACGGAUAGUACGGCCACUUACGGUGGAUUCACAGAGGAGUUGAACAAAGCUUGCAGUCAGCUGAGUUUGGCUUCAUCGCCCUACAGGAAGCAGAGCAAUAUUCAGAGGCUUCCACCACUGGAGAGCAAGGUACAGAACACAUGGCUAACCACGAAAGACGUCAACUCCACCCAACAACAGAACUCUAACCACGGUAGAAUGACGUCAUCAACACCGCCUCUCCUUCCCCCACCCCCGAGCCAAUCAAAACGCUACAGUAGCACGUCACAGUAUUACAAUAACAUGGCCGACAACAGUAGUACUGUCAGAUCCACCCUCAACAGUACAGUUAAAUCUAACCAUGACAGUAAUUUUAGUACAGACUGUAACAGUACUACGUUUAAUAGUAGAAUAGCUGGGGAGUUUGAUGUUAGUACUAUGAAAUCUAAUAGUAGAUUAGUUGGGGAGAGUGGUAACACAUAUGGUAAUACCAUGAAAUCUUCAACAAAUACUAAAUCACCUGGGGAUAGUGUUAAUAUCUAUGGUAAUACCAUACAAUCUCCCAAUAGUUCAACGUCAGUAGGGGACAGUAUUAAUGCAUAUGGCAAUACCAUGAAAUCUUCACCAAAUACUACAUUACUGGGAGACAUAUCUAGUAAAACGUACAGUAAUUCUACUGUGAACACCCAGAAUACUGCGGAUCCUUUUGGUAGAACAGAUAAAGUUCCCCAAAAUACAUACAAUGCGGUGGCAGGGGAGGACCCCUGCUAUGGUGGUAUGGUAAACACCCCCCAUCACGUCUACAAUAGUCGGGUGAAAUCGGAGUUAUCUUUGCGCAGUAGUAGUAUGUAUAGUGCCGUGGCUGGGGAUGAGGUGAGUAGUGUAUAUGGGGGUUCUAGGACAGGAAAAAAUCCUGAAAAUAAUGUGUAUAGUACGGUAGCUGGGGAUCAGAUUAGUAGUGUACAUGGGGGUUCUAGGACAGGAAAAAAUCCUGAAAAUAAUGUGUAUAGUACGGUAGCUGGGGAUCAGGCUAGUAGUGUAUAUGGAGGUUCUAGGACAGGAAAAAAUCCUGAAAAUAAUGUGUAUAGUACGGUGGAUGGAGAGGAAGACUUUUAUGUUGGUAGUAAGGUAAACUCUAGUAGUGUCAAUACCUAUAGCAUGAUAGCUGGGGAGCAGGUUAGUAGUGUAUAUGGGAGUUCUAGGACAGGAAAAAAUCCUCAAAAUGUUUAUAGCACAGUAGCUGGGGAUGAGGUGAGUAGUGUAUAUGAGGGUUCUAGGACAGGAAAAAAUCUUCAGAAUGUUUAUAGCACGGUAGCUGGGGAUGAGAUGAGUAGUGUAUAUGGGGGUUCUAGGACAGGAAAAAAUCCUCAAAAUGUUUAUAGUACGGUAGCUGGGGAACCGUUAUAUGGUACUAAAGUCUCCCAGAAUAACAGUUACAGUUCAGUGCCUGGAGAACCUUUUUAUGGUAGUAAUAACAGUGCAUCACAUCCUUACGACCCUGUAGAACCCCAAUGGUCUGAGAAAUAUGAUAGUUUUGGGGAAAAAUAUGAUAGUUUUGGGGGGAGCUAUGGUAAGAAUGGAGGGGCAUAUGGCAGUUCUAGUCCAGCUUAUGGAAAUAGUGGGACAGUUUAUGGUAGUUCCAGUGUGGGAUCUAGCUAUGGUAAUUCUGGUAUAGGAACUUCCUAUGGUGACUCAAAUGAGGGAACUAGCUAUGGUAAUUCUAAUGUAGGACCUACCUAUGGUAACUCAAGUGAGAGUGCUACCUCUUAUAGCAAUGCCCCACCUACAGAUGCUGUGUUGAGAGUGUCCAGUGUUGUUAAGGCCACAAACGCAGCUGAGGACGAGUGUUUGGCGGCCUUACAGGAGACGUCUUGGAAUGUGGAUACGGCUGCCAACAAGGUUAAACUGGAUAUGCUGCUGAGGCUAGGAGUUGCUUCUAGACACCAGUGUGAGGCGACCUUGAAGAAAUGUGAUUGGAACGUGGAGGAGGCGGCUUCCCUCCUCUUGGAUUCUGCUGGAGGAGGAGGAGGAGGACCUUCGUCACCGCCCAUCACACACUGCUGAGAGCUCUCUAUUAUCUACCUGUCAUCUAUGUGACUUCAGCUGAGCUCUCCAUUAUCUACCUGUCAUCUAUGUGACUUCAGCUGAGCUCUCCAUUAUCUACCUGACUUCUAUGUGACUUCUUCUUCUCAAAGUGUCUGUAUCUUCUCUUAACUGUUUUUCUGAAUCUCUAACAAAUAAUAUAUGACUGGAAUCAGAGCUGUGUUGAUGGUCUACCAUUUGGGUUGAGUCAAAAUUCUUGGGCGAUGAGUUGCUACAGCUAUUAGUUGAGGCUAAAAGAAAGAUCCAAUCAGUAGUCUACAGAUGGACCCGGGCUAAUAAAUAAUUUUUGAGAUUGAGUAUUUUGUUAACUAAUUGUUGUUUUGUUUUUUCGGAUUGGUUUCUACGGUUUUGCAGCCGUCAAGGCUAGUGGGUUCGGACUCCCCACUAAAAAAAUUAUUUUUUUAUUAUACAGUAUUUCUACAUUGUUGUAAAAAUAUCUGGGAACAGUGCGGAAGUGGUAGAGGUAGCGCUAUCUGCUUUGUCGAAUGAUAGACAAGGAUAGCAACACCAAUGUUAAUCAGGUGCUGACUUUAUAACAUGGAUCUCCAUAUAAUUAUUAUUUAACGAAAAUCCUAAAUAAAUGCUGCAAAUCACCCCGAAGAAUUCUGCUACUGCAGACAUUGACAACAGGGUUAACAGCUAGAUGGAAAUUCGAUGAGAACUACUAUCCAAAAAUUAAUCAAUGCAUUCUCUGUUUAAUUCCAUCUGUAGAUCUCUAUAUACUUUCAUUUCAAACUAUCUGCGUAUUUUUAUCAAAUUUAAUAACUGACCAGCACUUCCCGUUCAAUCAGAAGCUGAGGAAUAAAAGUUAAUAUCACUAUAGAAAUAUUGACGAAUUCUUGAGUGGUGAUUUCCAAUAAAUUUAGUGGAGGAAAAGAAUUCCAUUGUUUCAAGUGGGUGUGAUCACACAUGAAAAUGAAUAGCAUUGGUUCUUAUGGGUGUGUUCAUACAUUGUCAGAAAAUGAAUAGCAUUGGUUUUUAUGGGUGUGUUCACACAUUGACAUAAAAUGAAUAGCAUUGGUUCUUAUGGGUGUGUUCACACAUUGACAUAAAAUGAAUUGCAUUGAUUGUUAUGGGUGUGUUCACACAUUGAUAUAAAAUGAAUAGCAUUGGUUUUUAUGGGUGUGUUCACACAUCAGCAGAAAAUGAAUACCAUUAUUUUUUGUGGUAGUAUUCACACAUGGCAGAUAAAAUCAACCGUUUAAAGCAUAGAUGAACUAAAUGUUAAUGAAGCUCUUUCUUUGAUCUUUCAAGGCCUAUCAAAGCAUUCUCUUCCAGAAAAAAAAACUAUCUAAAUAUAUCCAAACCUUUCUAAAAAUCUAUCCUGUAUAGGUAUUUCCUAUAUAUUACCGGUAUUACCUGUAUUUCCCUAUAGUUUCUUGGUUUUAAUAUCAAAUACAUUGGAGACUGCAUUUUAUACACAAUACACAGAAAAUUGAAAUAUUUUCUUGAUUAUAUUGAUAGAGAAGGCAAUAAAUAUAAUUAAUAAAUACCAAUAUUAUUAUCGUUGAAGUAUUAUUAAAGUAGUGAAAUUAAGUUCAUUAUUUGAUCUAUCAGUCCUCUACUUCAUUACAUAUAAUAAGUUUUACUUCAAACCUACUUAUUUUUUAUGUAAAUAAUGUGACAAUAUGUUUCUUAAAAUAUUUCAAUUUUGAGAUUUCUUUUCUAAUAUCUUGACUAGGGUUAUGACAAUACUACUUAUUUUGUAUAGGCUAACAAAUGCCGUUUCAAUUCAUCUAGUUUUUCAAUAAAUCUACAAAAUCGUGUUAUCAUUGGUUUCUGUUCUUUAUAAAAGGGUUCUCAAAGUUUGCCCCCGAAUCUCCAAUCUUUUUUGAAUAAAGAUUCAAAAAGACAAUCUUGUUUUUGUGUUUUAUCUCUUGUUUGAGUUCUAUGUUUUUGUUAUGGUUUUAUACCUUGUUUCAUUAAUUUUUAGCCUAAAAUUUUCACACCAUUAUUAUUCACAAGUUAUCAACGAAUACUGCUUGCAACAUCAAAAAAUUAUGUGAUUUUUUAUAAAAUAAAAUUGUGUACAUACAAACUUUAAUUUCACUAUAGUAUUAGAAUUGUAUGUAGAUGGAUAGACUGUGUAUUACAAUAUAUUAACUAGUAUUGUAAUCCUAAUAUUACUGUUAUUAGAUGUAGUCCAAUAAAAUCGAUUAUUUUUAUUAUAAAA